AUGUCGCUCGAGGCUACAAUGAUCAUUGUCGACAAUAGCGAAAGCAGUCGCAACGGAGAUUACACGUCAACCCGCUGGCAAGCUCAAGUUGAUGCUGUCAGCAUCGUUCACAGUGUCAAGAUGCGGGCACACCCGCAAUCCGCCGUGGGACUGAUGAGCAUGGGCGGCAAGGGUCCCGAGGUUCUAUCUACUUUUACGACAGACUUUGGUGGCAUCCUGGCCGGUCUACACAAAACCAAGAUUCACGGAACAUCGCAUUUGAGCUCCAGCAUCCAAGUUGCCGCUUUAGCCCUUAAGCAUCGCUCCGAGAAGUCUCAGCGACAACGGAUCAUCGUCUUCUCCUGCUCACCCAUUGAAGAGGAUGAGAAGACCCUGGUGAAGCUCGCCAAGAAGAUGAAGAAGAACAACGUGUCAAUCGACGUGGUGGCAUUUGGUGAUUUGGAAUCCGACCAGACCAAGAAGCUGGAGGCCUUCGUGGACAACGUAACGAGCGGUGAUAAUUCCUAUCUGGCCAUCAUCCCCCCGGGGCCUCAUUUGCUUAGCGAGGAGCUCCAGAACACCCCAAUCCUGGCUGGCGAGAGUGCCACCACCGGUGGCGUCGGUGGUGGUGGUGGCGGCGAGGAUGCGGGAUUCAACUUUGAAGAUGCCGCGGAGAAUGACCCCGAGUUGGCCUUUGCCUUGCGCUUGUCCUUGGAAGAAGAGAAGAAUCGACAAGAAAAGGAGAAGCGUGAACGAGAGGCCGCCGAGGGCAAGACGGAGCUGGGUAAUAUCCCCGAGGAAGGUCAGGGCGAGUCCAGCAAUGCCCAGGACAAGAAGGACGAGGACAAGAUGGAUACUGCUUAG